AUGGGCGAGAGAUCACUUCAAACACUUAUCUCGUCAGCUCAAGGGGCAUUACACAAUAGUAGGUUUGGAUCUGUUGCAAUUAUAAAAACAACAAAAUCACCCACGACAGAAGUGAAAAUCUCCACCUUGAAUAACCUUGUUAUCCAAGUGAAAGAGGCCAAGAAUAUUAUAAAACAAUGGAACGCGGCGAAAAGAAUUUUAUUUCAACGUCCAAAAGUAACCUUUAGUACGACAACACAGUAUAAGGUAUGCGGAAGACAGUUCACAAAAGAGGAAGAAACCAAAAGGAAUGAACUGAAGGUCUUAAUAGAUAGAAGUAACAAAGCUACAUUUAUCAAAAACAAGCAACAAUGCCCAGUUGCAACAUUCAGAAAGAAACGCGACUUGCAAGAUGUACAAAAUCAAUUUUCCAGUAUUCCUGGAACACAGGUUAUAGAGCUGUUCUGUAACGAAAGAAGAGCAGUACAAAAUAAUACACUGAGUAUGUGCAAUGAGUGUGCUUACAGAAUUAUAUUUCCACCGUCAUACUUUCCUCGCUAUCACUUUCAUUACACAUGUGACGAAAAUGGCGACCAUUCCUGUUUCUACGGAGAAGGGACGUGCGUCAAAAAUGUCGAAACAAAGACGUUGAAGCAUGAUUUAAAUGAAGUCGGUUUUGAAAAUUUAUAUCAAUGGGCGGACCGUGCUGUUGCUUUUACUGGAUCGUGCUCCUGUCAAAUAAUCCAAAACAGUCUCUUUGAUCCAUUUGUGUAAUUUUUUAGUUAAGUCUGGUUUUUAAAAGCAAGAUGCAUUGAAACAAAAGUAGUAUUAGUAAAUCUUAUAUAAGGUGUAAACUUUUAGGAUA